GUGUAUUUCGUAAAAGCUAAAGAUAGGAAACAUGGCGUCUACACAGACCACAAACAGAAAGAAGGCCAACAGGAAGGCGCGGAUGGAGGCCAGGGACUUAACCGAGCAGCUGAAGAUGGCGCAGGAGCGAUCCUCCGGCCUCGAGGCGCAGGUUCGAGAUGCGGUGGGGCGACUCGUGAGCUGUGCUACGGAGCGGGACCAGUUGAAGGCAGCUCUGGAG